AUGUCAUCUAUACUUGAAUUGAUCAUGAAGUUUGUCGUGGUAAUUGCCGUCCUUGUUUCCUGUCUGCUCGGACUGAGCACAUCUGAUUCUUCGAAGAAGGAGGAUUAUGGGACCGUCGUAGGCAUUGAUCUGGGAACAACAUACUCCUGGUAAGUUGAUAGUUUUUCUCACUGACCUCGAUGGUAGUGUUGGUGUUUUCAAAAACGGACGCGUUGAAAUAAUCGCAAAUGACCAAGGAAACAGAAUUACUCCCUCUUAUGUUGCCUUCUCUGCGGCAAACGAGCGUCUUAUUGGCGAUGCUGCCAAAAAUCAGUUAACUUCAAAUCCAGAAAACACCCUCUUCGAUGCCAAGCGACUGAUAGGCAGGGAGUUCUCUGAUCCAGAGGUUCAAUCGGACAUAAAAAGAUAUCCCUUUAAAGUGAUUGAGAAGAACCGGAAGCCUUACCUCGAGGUCAAUGUCGGUGGGGAGGUGAAGGCGUUUGCCCCUGAGGAAAUAUCUGCAAUGGUCCUUGGACACAUGAAGCAGAUCGCUGAGGCUUAUUUGGGGACCAAAGUCACUCAUGCUGUUGUAACUGUGCCAGCCUACUUCAACGAUGCUCAACGGCAGUCGACGAAGGACGCUGGUGUUAUUGCAGGCCUAAAUGUGUUGCGGAUAAUCAACGAACCUACUGCGGCGGCAAUUGCUUACGGGUUGGACAAGAAGGAGGGCGAGAAGAAUAUCCUUGUGUUCGAUCUUGGCGGCGGCACUUUUGAUGUUUCUCUGAUGACCAUCGAUAACGGAGUUUUCGAAGUUCUUGCUACCAGUGGUGAUACGCAUCUCGGAGGUGAAGAUUUUGAUCAUCGCGUUAUUGAAUAUUUCUUGAAGUUAUACAAGAAGAAGACUGGCAAGGAUGCCUCAAAAGACACUCGAGCUGUGCAGAAGCUGCGACGAGAGGUCGAAAAAGCCAAAAGAACCCUGAGUACUGAACAUAGCGUGACCGUAGAGGUCGACGACUUUUUCGAAGGCAAUGACUUCUCAGAGACUCUCACACGGGCUCUAUUUGAGGAACUUAACAGCGCUCUCUUUCGUGAAACCAUUAAGCCUGUACAAAAGGUUAUGGACGACUCUGAUCUGAAGAAGUCGGACAUUGAUGAGAUUGUCCUUGUUGGCGGUUCUACCCGUAUUCCCAAGAUUCAGCAGCUGGUCAAAGAUUUCUUCGAUGGCAAGGAACCUAGCCGUGGUAUUAACCCGGAUGAGGCCGUCGCCUAUGGUGCUGCUGUUCAGGCUGGUAUCAUUGGUGGUGCAGAGAACACUGGCGAUAUUGUCUUGUUGGACGUUUGCCCCCUGACCCUGGGUAUAGAGACCGUGGGAGGCGUCAUGACCAAGCUUAUUCCACGAAACACCGUGAUCCCUACGAAGAAGGCUCAAGUCUUUUCUACAGCUGCGGACAAUCAGCCGACCGUUACUAUCCAGGUUUACGAAGGCGAACGCCUAAUGACGAAGGAUAAUCAUUUUCUCGGCAAGUUCGACUUGACUGGUAUCCCUCCAGCCCCCCGCGGAGUUCCUCAGAUUGAAGUCACUUUUGAGGUGGAUGUGAAUGGCAUCCUGAGAGUAACUGCAGAAGAUAAAGGAACUGGCAAGAAGAGCAACAUCGUGAUCAAUAAAGAAACGAAUAGACUGAAUGCGGAGGAAAUAGAGCGCAUGAUAAAUGAUGCUGAGAAGUUCUCCGAACAAGACAAUCGGGUUAAGGAACGUGUGGAGGCGCGAAACGAGCUCGAGGGUCUUGCGUUCUCACUGAAGACCCAACUAAACGACAAGGAGAAGUUGGGUGGAAAAUUGAGUGCUUCAGAUAAGGAAAGUGUUGAAAAGGCUGCGCAGGAAGCUAUUGAUUGGCUGGAAAAGAAUCCACAGGCCGAAGCGCAAGAUUGCAAGGAUCAGAAGAAGAAGCUCGAGGAGGUCGUUCAACCUAUCAUGAGCAAACUCUAUCAACAAGAAGGCGCCCCACCUCCUCCCCAUGGUGCAAAAGAAGAGCUAUAA